GACGGAGUUGCGGCGUCUAUUAAAGCUGACGGAGACGCAAAGAGGUGGGAGGCGAGAGAGGAAGACGAAGCCAGUGGAGAGAGCGUAAGGCGAGAAAGUUCCAACUUCGGAGAGCGACGAUGGUGGCUUCCGGCGAGGGUGUAACCACCAUUCAAGCCUGGUACAUGAAUGAUACUAACGAAGACCAGAGGCUUCCCCACCAUUGCAAUCCUGAGGAAUACGUUUCCUUGGAAAAGCUUUCAGAGUUGGGAGUGCUGUACUGGCAUUUGAAUGCCGAUGACUAUGAAAAUGAUGAGGAAUUUAACAAAAUCCGCGAAAGCAGAGGCUACACUUACUCGGACUUGAUUACUUGCUGCCCAGACAAGCUGCCCAAUUACGAAGCUAAAAUACAAAGCUUUUUUGAGGAGCACAUCCACAGUGAUGAAGAGAUCCGCUUCUGUUUGGAAGGCAGUGGAUACUUUGAUGUAAGAGACCUGAAUGACCGUUGGAUCCGUAUAUGGGUAAAAAAAGGAGACAUGAUUGUAUUGCCUGCUGGGAUUUAUCAUCGGUUCACACUUGACAGUGAUAAUUACAUCAUGGCACUGAGGCUUUUUGUGGGUGAGCCGGUGUGGACCCCUCACAACCGACCACAAGAUGACCACCCUGCCAGGUUGGACUAUAUUAAAGCUUUUACAAAGGAAGCUGAACCAGUUGAAGCUCAAUGAGGCCAAUCUAAGUAUCUCUAGGACAUAACGAAUCAUGAUAAGAGUGUUCAAGAGUGUUAUUUCUAUUAGUAGUGUGAUGUGAUUGACCAGAUUAUGAUUGUUCAACACGCCUCCUUCCGAUAAAUAUUGCCCUGUCAAAAGCUUCUCUUGGGAAGGCGGAGUAUGGGUCUAUCGGCAGUCCUCUUCUUGAAAGAAAUAAAUAUUUGUCCCAGUUGGGAUCCUAUAUUGCUAAGGAAAUUUAUGUAUAAACUGCAA